UUAAAUCUUUGAGUAUGGCAGUAACAUUGUUAUAUAUAAUUUAAUGUUUAUAGGAUAUCUUAAGAAUCGGUAAGUAGUUUUAGCUUUACAUCAAUGACUCCAGAAAAUAAAUACAUUGAUAUCUUUUUAAUAAACUAAUGGAAAAUUGUUACAGACCGGCUGGCUGGGACAGCAUGAAGAAAAUUAGUAUAUUAUACGAGAACAUGCAGACUUGUAAGCCAGACGACUACUACAGAGACAUCAUCGUGCAGCCUGUUAUACGGAAAAGCGGGGCGAAUCGCGAGGCCGAGGUCCAGGCGGAGGACGAGCAGGCGUUCCUGCAGCGCCAGCUGGCCGCGCUGCAGGCCGGCGCGCCCGCCCCGCGCGCUGACUCCCCGCUCCGCGCCACGCAGCGCUCCGCCGCGCAGUUGGACGGCGCAAAGAUCGGCAUGGGUCCAGGCACGCCGGGCAACGAGGGCGUGCUGGCGAACUUCUUCAACUCGCUGCUGUACAAGAAGACAGGGUCCCCGGCGGGGCGCGGCGACGCGUCGCCCGCGGCGGCC